AGACAGUGGCAACCCACGUCUGAAAUCUGGCCAAAAUUGCAGAGACUAGACCAGGCAGUUGCAGGAGUCAGCAAUGACUUGAAGGCGUGCUCAUGCACACACACAGAAACUUACUUUGGAGGGCAGAAAAUAAAAUUCAGUGGGGACAAAUGGCUGUGAUAGAGGCUGGCUAGUGACUCGGAGGAAGGGGACAUUCCCCCCCCCCCCAAAUUCCCCAAACAAACCUCUGAUCCCAGCCACAAGAAUUCAAAGGAGCACCUUCAAUGAAAUGGGUGACAAAUUACGGUAUAACAGAUUUUACACAUCUUGAGGCUGUUUUUGGAUGAUUCCAGAACAAGGUUCAUCCACAGUGCUGGUACAUCUAAUGCUGACCAACCUGUUUCACUCCAGGGCCAGGAUGAGAUAAGACCACUGUCACGGGAAUAUCACUGCAAAUGACUGUGGUCAAGGCAUCACUGUGUUCUGGUUAGACGCAAGUGGGGAUAGGGCCUCAGCUAUAAUGCGAUUUCUUGGUUUUGGCUUAGAACAUUAUGUGAUCUGUGGUUUCUUUCAUCACAGUUAAGCAAAUUCCAUGAGUACCACGAUGUCUGAACUAAGCCGCAGUCUGCUUGUGCUCUGACUUAAUGCACUUCACAUAGCCAGAUUCUGAAAUCGCCAUGCAAGUUAUGCUUGGGCGGAAGACUUUUUCUUUUGCAGCGCCACUUAUAAUGGGGCCGGUUGGCAGGCAAAUACUCAAGAAAAAAAAAGGAGUGCGAACAGGCGUCCAGUAGCUCGCUUGAACUUUGAACGACUUCUCUCUGUCGCCGGUGGUGCCGCCACCGCCUCCUAGGAGGAGCAAACGACACCCAGCGCUGCAACCAGGCGCCCCGGACUGGCCAUUCCAGGGCUUCCUGCACGGUCGGACUUAGGCGUCGGCAACCUCCUGUUGUCGCUUGAAAAAAAAAAAGGGGAAGAUUCCUUCUUUCCCAUCCGACCUAGAGACGCAGGGCACGGGAAGAGGAGGAGAGUUAUGUCGGGCCGUCGACACUGAAUGGAGAAUAUUAGGGGGGGUUGAAAGUGAGACAGACUUAGGGCUGUGAUAAGACCGUAGAUGGCUGCGUAAGGAGGAGAGUUGAAGGGAGGCGAAUUUGGGGUGGAGCAGAAAACACUGGUGGGGGGCGGGAAAGGCGGUAGGAAAAAGCACCGAGGUACAGGGGUGGCUUGCAAGGGACUCUCGUGCGUUCCGUACUUGUUUUUCCUCUCCUCUCCUCUGCGCGAGCAAAACUUCUGUGGCGUAAAACUGAAACCAGGUGCUCUUCUGCGGUGGCGCAGCAGCUCCUUCUCGGGAGAGGCGAGUAGAAGCCUGGCGUUUCCUUUCUCUCUCUCCCAAACCCCCUUCAUCUUUUUUUUCCCCCUUCCCCGGCCUGCCUGGGAUCUCAGCUCGCGGCUCCGUCGCUUUUCUUUUCCUUCCCCAGCCUAGCUUUCUUCCGCCCGCCCCGUUCUGUGAGCGGGAGCGCCGAGGAGGUACGACAGAAACACGUGAAAGCGAGAAGCAAAAAACAAAACAAACGCGGAGUUCCAGCCAGUAGAGGCUUGGCAGCGUGGCUGCCUAGGAACAGGAGAGCGCAAAGCCGAGGAGAAGGUGGCGGUUUCCCUCCCGAAGGGGGCUCCUUUUCCCCACCCCUUUCCCUCGGUUCGUCGGGGAGUUUCUUGUCCCCGACGCUGACAGGUGCUCCUCCGAGCCCGUCGCGAGCCCUCUCGCCCCCUUCGCUUCGCCCCCUCCCCCGGUUUCGUGAGGAUUGUGGCGCCCUUGGGAAGCUGAUUAUGCUUUGAACCUUAGGAGAGGAGGAGGGAGAAAACCCUGGAGACAGAGGAAAGAAAGACUGUAGCCGAGGAAAAAGUUUUGGAUGGGAUUAUGUGGAAACUACCCUGCUCUUCUCUGCUGCCCGAGCAGGCUCAGUGCUGCUGCUCUCUCCCCAGCGGUACAGUCUUCGCGGGCUGGUGGAGGUGGUGAGAACGACGACGCGGGGAGCACUUGAGCUGUCGGCAAGGACUUGGCGCGUGUGUUGUGCGUUAGAGAGCUUCCACCCCAGCCUACCAAAUGCUCCUCUUCGGGAUCUUCUCGCUGACACUUGCCCUGGUCAGCCAAAGACCGGGAGUCCACGCCGAAUCAAACCUGAGCAGCAAGUUCCAGUUCUCCAGCGCCAAAGAGCAAAACGGAGUGCAAGAGCCACAACAUGAGAAGACUAUUUCUGUGUCUGCUAAUGGAAGUAUUCACAGCCCAAAGUUUCCUUACACUUAUCCCCGCAACACAGUACUUGUGUGGCGAUUAGUUGCAGUUGAAGAGAAUAUGUUAAUACAACUCACUUUUGAUGAACGAUUUGGGCUUGAGGACCCAGAAGAUGAUAUAUGCAAGUAUGACUUUGUAGAAGUUGAAGAGCCUAGUGAUGGCACUAUCUUAGGGCGGUGGUGUGGUUCUGCUACUGUUCCAGGCAAACAGAUCUCUAAAGGAAACCAGAUCAGGAUAAGAUUUGUUUCUGAUGAAUAUUUUCCUUCUGAACCUGGAUUCUGUAUUCAUUAUAAUCUUCUCACAACACCUCACACAGAAUCUGUCAGUCCAACAGUGUUGCCACCCUCAGCUUUACCGUUAGAAUUGCUAAACAAUGCUGUUGCUGCAUUUAGCACCGUAGAAGAACUUAUCAGGUACCUUGAGCCUGACAGAUGGCAGUUAGAUUUGGAAGACCUGUACAAACCAACUUGGCACCUUCUCGGAAAAGCAUACAUUCAUGGCAGAAAAUCAAGAGUUGUAGAUUUGAAUCUUCUGAAGGAGGAAGUAAGAAUGUAUAGCUGUACUCCACGCAACUUCUCAGUGUCAGUACGAGAGGAAUUAAAACGAACAGACACCAUUUUUUGGCCACUUUGUUUGCUGGUUAAACGCUGCGGUGGAAAUUGCGCCUGUUGUCAACAUUCUUGCAGUGAAUGCCAAUGUGUCCCUACCAAAGUCACCAAAAAAUAUCAUGAGGUCCUGCAGCUGAAGCCCAGAAGUGGUGUAAGAGGAUUGCAUAAAUCUCUGACAGAUGUACCUUUGGAUCAUCAUGAGGAAUGUGACUGUGUGUGUAAAGGGAAUACAGAAGGAUAAAAGGAACUUCUUUCUUUACAGCACAUUGAAUUAGUGGCUUAUUCUGUUCUGGGUUUGUGCAUUAAUCUCCUUCCAUAAUCUCAGUUGUUUCCUUUGAGAAUCUUCAGUGUUCAAGAUUGACGGUUCUGGGGAGAUGAAGAGAGAAGAAAUGAAACUGGGAUUAUGUAUGCAAUGUAACAGCACAUGAAAGCCCACUAAAACUAUGAGCAGAAGGCAUUAAUGAGGAUUUUUUUCCUCCACCUUGAUAUAAAUAUAUAAUAUCAUCUCUCUUGCUCAUCCUGAAUUUUAAAAGAUUUAAGUUUAGAAAUGCUCAAAGCCUGAACUCUUCUAGUAGCCUUCCUUCAGCAGGUCAGUUACUUCUGGUUUACCGUUCUAAACAUCUGGAAUCUCACUUCACUUAUUGCAGUAACUCCUAUACGUCCUAAAUUAAAGUGUUAAUUGCUUACAAACUGUGUUAUUCUGAGUUAAACUUUAUUUUUCACUUACACAUGUGAAAAAGACUGAACACUUUUCCAGGUUCCUGUCGUUUAGCAAAAGUGCAUGGUCAGUAUAUGUGAGCAAGGAGGAAAAGAUUGAAAUCAAUGAAGUGUCUUUAUUCCUCCCACUAGUGCCUUCAAGUAUCUUUUUUGUUUGUUUAUAUUUUUAUUGUGUACAUUUUUAUACUCUCUUUGACGGCAUAACAAUUGCUUUUCUAAUCUUGUUAAAUAUAUCUAUUUUUUACCAAAGGUAUUUAAUUUCCUUUGUAUUUACAACCUAGAAAAAAUUGUAUUUUAGUUCUGUAAGACCUUGGAGUCAGCGUUACAGGAAGAGGAUAGAAAGAAUUACUGGUUGUAGAAGACAAGGAAUGUAGUGGUGCAUGUGCACAUAGAAAGAUAAAGCAAAUGAAAAUAUCAAUCUGACUUUACAAUUGUAUGUAAGUAGAUUCAUGAUGCUGGGAUAAGAAGAAGGAACAUAAUAGUUGUUUUAACCCUUUUUAUAAUCUAGUGCCUUGAUCUAGAGAGAAUGUCUGUGAGCAUAGAAGCAGGCUUCAGCAUGCAUAAAUAAGAAAAUAAAUACCGUUUUUUUGGAUCAGAGAUUACUGGCAUGAAUCUGAUAAGCAACAGAAUACUCAUCAGACGAUAGCUGUCAGCCCACAUUGCACUGGCUUGAAUGGGUAGCAUAUCUGCACCUGCCCGUCCACAUUCUGGCGGAAUUACUUCUGCAGAAAUUAGUUUUUAUAUGUGACCUGUGAUAGACUGGGAAACAGGUACCUUCAUGAAAAAAUCAUAAAUUCCACGGAUAACCCAGUGUGGUCUUGCCACCAAAUUAUAUAAUGUGUUGAUUAAAAAUACACACAUAUUUAUUGCUACAGGUAUAAGGGUUUUUAAUAUUAUCAUUGACAGUUGCUUCCUAAUAAGGACAGUGGGUUUCCAGUAUUUUAAUGAUGUAUAAUAUAAUUUUUGAAAUGUGGUUUUGCUUAUGUACAGUCUAUAUAUAAACCAGUACAUUUAUCCCCUUCUUAGCCAAGAAGGGAA